AUGCAGAAUCCUUUUGCUCCCGGCUCGACAUCGACGGCAUCCCAUUUCGGCCAUGGCAGCGGCGGCGACUCGGCCUUGCCCUCGCGGCCCACGACACGCGAUGGCUCCGCAGUCUCGUCCGCGCUGGGCCUCCUGAGCGGCACCCUGUCCAAGGAGCGCAAGGCGUCCUUUUCGCGCAAGGCGUCGCUGUCGGGUGCGCGUCGCCGCAGCAGCGUCUCUACGACGGCAAGCAGCGCCGCCGACGCCGUCAUGACGGAUGACUCGGUGCCGCCUGCGCUCCCCGACUACGCCCUUGCUGCAGCGGUCAAGAUUGCGCCGCGCGACGGCCGCGAUCCGGUCCGCAGUCCCAUCAGCCCCGACAAUGCGCCAUUCUCGGCAAUCAGCCGCUCGACGACGAGUACUGCGUUUAUGAUGGCCCAGCAGACGCCCUCGACGGCAACGGGCAUCAGCCCAACUCAGUGGCGGCAGAGCGAGGUGGCCAUGAUGCAUCAGCAAAUCAUCGAGGCAGCGCAUAAGCGGAUAUCGACGCUGAGCUACCUCCGCAAGGCUCACGAAGGUCGGGUAUACUGGUUCAACACAUAUCUGUUCGAAAAGUCGGACCUCAGCCGCAUGCCCGCGUACGACCCUCGCAAGCUCGCCCGCAAGGCCACCAACAUCCUCCUUCUCGGCGUCUCGAUCCCCACCAUCAACGACUUGUACUCCUCCACGCCCGUCGAGUUUCUGCGCUGCCUCAACAGCCUCUUCUCCGAGUUUGACUCAUUCCAGCAGCUGCACGGCGACUCGUCCUCGUCUCUGUCCCGCGCCCGGCUGCCUAACAUGUUCCGUCGGCCGGGAGGCAAGUCGCGCCGGUCCAUCUCGACGGCCGACACGUCCCUCACCGACGACCACGGCCAGGGCGGCAGUGGCGGCGGCGGCGGCGGCGGUGGUGGUGGUGGCGGCGGCCUUCCCGCUGCCGGCACGGGAGGCAGCGGCCCGUCCGUCAUGAACUUUGCCGCCUCCGAGUCUGAUCUCCUCCCCGGCGAGGAGUACACCUACCUGCUGACACCGUCGCUGCCGUUUGACCCCGACUUUUUCGAGACGUUUGCGACGCUGUGCGAUGUGCUGAUCGACUCGUACAGGCGAUUCUUGGCGCUGAUGCCCACGCCGCGCGAGUGUUCCGCGCCCGUGGCCGAGCUGUUUGCCAAGGCCGACGCCAAAGUCCGCAAGAUUAUUGUGCAAAAUAUCGUCAAGGAUUUUGAGGAGCACAGCAAGGCGCACAUUAGGUCAGAGGUGGCCAACAUUGGCAAGGUUGUCUUGAGCGGGCUCAUGUAA